CUAACCGUUAUUAACCGUUACUAACGGUCGCUAGCUUGCUGCCGCUGGUGUCGAGCCUUGCUAGGGGAGAGAAACCGUGGAAGAAGGCAGAAUACGGAGGAUUAAAACAAGUUUAAGCUCGAUAAACAUCUGGCAACGUGGAAGAAAGAAAGCGAACAGGUAUCACCAGCAACUUGGCAACAUCUCUUCUCUCCCCUGGCUCUCAGUGUGUAAGGACACCACCCAGUUCAUCAUAUCUUAAAGUGCCUCUCUGCCUGAUUGGUCAUAACGUCCCCUGCAUCUCCUCCAUCAGUGCAAAAACUAUCUGUACACCAGCAACAACAAAGUCAGACACGCCACAGCUACCAAAGUUCACUGUCAGUGCUUCGUUCAGUUUGGUGCCCCAAAGUAAACCCUCACCCAAGCAGAACUCUCCACCCUUCAUCAGCGUUUUCUCAUCACCUCAGCCCAUCUCUCUGUUAGCAGUAUCUACACCGUUAUGGCCUCCAUCACCCAGUCAUCCGAGCCUGAGAUCCCAGACAACCACAAAGAGAGCUGGCUGGCGCUGCUGUCCGCCGCCGAGGCGUAUUGCCAAAAGUCCGGCUGCGACCUGGCCAUCCUCACAGCCUGCAAGAAGUUCAGGUCGUCGAGUGGGGAAGGAGAAGGGGUGAGGAAGCGGGAGAGCGGCAGUGCCUUUCCGAGGGAGUGCGACUUCUCCUACAGCGUCUGGGGCCAGGGCUUCCUGGCCGAGUCGGCUCGUCGCUACAUAGAUGACAUCGGUGUGCUGCACUCCACCACCAUGCUAACAGCCCAAAAGCAUUCACGCCAGGCCGGGACGGAGGGAGGAACCAAGCUGGUGGUGGACUUGACCUCUGACCCCGGACACAGGGGGAACUUUACAGGAGACGGAGGAGUGGGUGGAGUCAGUCCCAGCAGCCGGCUGUACUCCCAAAGCUACCCGUCCAUCUACAGCUCAGGAGGCGGCAACGGGCAGGGCGGCGGCCAGAACGGUACCGGGGACAGGGAACGGGAGAAGAGCGCUCUGGAGGCCGAACAGGAGAGGCAGAGGUCUGGGAUUGUGGAUUUAGAAGAAGAGUGCGAGGAUGAGGAAGAGGAGGAGGACAUGGAUGAGAGGAGACCCUACGGGAAUGAAAGUGCUGGUGUUUUCUCUAUGGACGAGGAUUCUCUGUCUCGGGACUGCGAGCCGUUCUUUGAGUCAGACGGGGAGGAGGAGAGCACCGAUGGCUCGUUGAGCGAGGACGCCCCUCCGCCGCCACGUGGCAUGGCGGUGGGUCAGGCUGCCUACUCGUCCCGUCAGGCCCAUUCCAUGGCUCUGGCUCGAUCUCUGCCGGUUUCUGUGCCUGUGUGGGGCUGCAGAGGGAACAGAGCUGCUCCUGGAGACAGUAACAGCGGAGAACGGGUGGGCUGUGCUGACCUGGAGCACAUCGCUGCCAGUAUGAAGGCCCUGCUGGCCCCCGGAGCCACCGACGGGACGGAAAUGUUCGGAGCUCUGCCGCGACCUCGACUCAACACAGGAGACUUCUCCCUCAAACACUGAGAGAGAGACGGAGGGAGGGAGAGAGGCGAGUAGAGAGAAACAGAACGGGGUAGAGGAUCAGAGAGGAGACGGGAGGAACCCUGGAUUGGCUGGCAAAUGUGACGUACAGUAUGUGAAACAGUGUAAAAGCUAGUACCUCCAUUUAUUUCUUACUAACCAAAAUUAACGGCACAUGCUUUGAGGAGUCAUGUUGUUAUGGACACUAAUAACAUUCUCAACACUACACCCGAACCACGGCCACACUGUCACGGAGCAUUUCACUACACUAGCUACUACACAUGCCACAACACUACAUUAGGAUCGGACCUCCAGAUGUGUAGUGACCCACUGCACUGAACAACCAGGACACUAAAACAGGGUGAACCACAGUGGAGCUGAGGAUCUGGGAUGUUUGCCUUUUGGUCAGAUUACCUGUGAAGUGAUGAGAUCUCAGUGAGCAGACGUCUGGACCUGGUGCUCAAUCAGACGCUGCUUUCAGUGAUUUUAGCUUUACUGUAAUAUGUAGUCGCUCUAAAGCUAAAAAUGCUAUUGAACGUAAUUUUGGUGGCUUUCUUUGCAAGAGGUGGAUGAAAAGAUGGAUGUCACUGUCAUGUCUGUUCAAAGUUAGGUUAGAAUCAGGGGUAGUUAGACUUUCUGUGCAAGUACAAGACAGCACAUGAGGCCUGAAUUCUAGCAUCUGCCCAAUUCUGCAAGAUUUUGUAGCUUUGCAGCCCAAAAUUUGUGUCUGUACAGCAACGACAAUACAAAAGCAGAAGCCGAUCGACUGCGCAUAUGUGGGACCUUCGAGUGGAUUCUAAUCAGACUAGAAAGUAUUAUAAAUCCAGGCUAAAACAGUUUAAGAACUGUAACAGAUUUUCAAAUCAGGUUAGGGAGAAUCUCACUAAUCUCAUGCACAACUACAAGACUAGAAAAUAAUUCUGCAUCACACACUAGAAAAUCUGUUAGGAUAUUCAUGUUAGAGGGAGCAGAGCACCACCUCACAUGGUCUCAUGGGGAAAGAGAUGUAAAUAAAUUGGAGACUGUGGAGCAACAACUUGCUACUCUAGAGUGAGGUAAAAACAAAAGCAGAAGGAUAGACAAGUCUGGAUGUUCUAAUGUAACCAUCUGUUGCUAGCGUUAGCCUCAAGGGCUAGAAUGUUUAGCAUUGCUGGACAGUUGUGUCCUCUGCUCCAGGUGGUAGCAUUGGUACUCAUAAACAUCUAGAUUUGAACUCAAACAUGUCUGAUAUUUACUGGGCAACCCCAAUGACAUUACUGCAGUAAAGGAGGCUUCAGACUAGAUCUAUAAAUCCUCCACAUUACCAAAUAAUCUGUACUCAACAUCACUUCAGACCAAGAUCAUUGAUAAGACAUCUCUGAAUAUUAGGUGAAAUUAGGAUAUAUUGGUCUGAAAGUGAGUCCAGUCUAAGUGUGUAGUAGCUCGAUAUCAUACGCGACAUUAGCAUGCAUGCUCUUGUAGCGCAGUUGCUUCGCUGACAUCCAUAAACAUGUCCAAGUAGACUUAUGUACUUGGCAGAAGAUGAAAUUUAGGCCACAUGAACCCUCGACUUCACAAAACAGUAAGAUCUGUCCGUGUACAGUGAAAAACAGCGAGCCUGUAUUACCUUAUUUGACAGAAAUCUGAGCAUUUUGCUGCUAUUUCUGGCAAGUUAAUGAACAGAAACGUCUGAUACGAUGGGUAAAUGAAACCUCAAUUGCCAAAGCUAACUGAGAAAUUUAAUUGCUAUUUUUCUCUCAGUUCUGAUGAUUUUGACUGGUGAUUUUCCUUUGGUGCUCUCUAAAACCUCUUGUUUCUGUGCAACCAAAUUACUCCAUACAGGAAUAACACAAGACAUAAGAAUGGUAUCCAUCUUUUCUCAAGUCUCUUGGAAAGAAAGUAGAUCAGCAUAAUGUUCUUCAAAGGUUUAAAAUGAGCAGGAAGAAUCCAGACUUUAUUAGUGGAACACUUUGUUCCAUUAUUCCAGAAAAUACACACAUGGCUACAUUAGCUGGAAGGGAUUAUUUUCAGAAAUUACAAAAGUGUUUGCAUCUGUAGGUCAUUAACUCCUAUCAUGAAGACGUCAGUUUCAACUUAAGGGCCUCCUCGUCAUUUAGUGCAGCGUGCUAAAGUGUUAGCAUCCCCACAUGGAUGUUUUCUCUGUCUGCUCCCAUCAUUUUCAGGGUAAAAUGACCAACAGGCCUGUCGUGGCCCCCUAAGAAACCACUCUAUUCCUUCUGCGGGAUAGAAACCAGGCAAAUGGUUGAUUAACAUGAAGCUUGUGGCUUUACAAAAUGUGAGCAGAGGACACCAGCACCUCCUCAUAACAUGCCUAUUUCUACUUUUACUUUUGCCAAUGAAUGACUGACUGAUAGAAUGAUUGUAAACCAAUACUGAGUUCUGGGGGAUGUUCUUUUUUUUUUUUUUUUUUGCUCUGGAUAUCUUGUUGAAACAACUGAAUGAAUGAGAAAGUGACUGUGUGUGAGAGAGAAAGAGAGCGAGAUAAAGUUGGUUUUGAAAGGAAAAAUGUCCAUCUGACGUUUUAAAAACAGGUAAAUGUUCCGUUAAGUACUUUUAUGUUUCAAAUAAAGGAGCAACACCAAGAGAAAA